AUGCGGGGGACGAGGUUGGCGCUGCUGGCGCUGGCGCUGGCCUCCUGCGGCGGGCUUGCCGUGGCCCUGCGAUGCUUCAGCUGCCAGGAGCCCACAGGGGAGUUCAGCUGCGUCACCAUCGCCACGUGCAAGGCCAACGAAACCAUGUGCAAGACCACCCUCUACUCGCGGGAGAUGGUGUACCCCUUCCUGGGGGACGCCACGGUGACCAAGGCCUGCGCCAGCAAGUGCGUGCCCUCGGACGCGGACGGCAUCGGCCUGACACGGCCGGUGUCCUGCUGUAAUGUCGACCUGUGCAACGUGGUCGGGGCGUCCGCCCCCCGCGGCCCCCGUGGCCUGGCCCUGGCCCUCACGCUGGCCUCCCUCCUGAGCCUCCCCCUUUAG